ACGUGGCCCUGUUAUUUGUGCCACACAGGCCACAGCUGAAUCUUUUGUGGUCUGAAAUUCUGCUUUGUCACUGUCACGGCUGACUUAGCUGUUUUCUUUCAUUUUUUCUCCUAAUCCAAACCACCCGCCAGCCUUAAUUCAAGCAGAAGAUUCAAUUGGAAUUUGCCGAUUGAUCAAUCACCAAAAAAUAAAAAAAGGACAGCAAUUGCAGCGAAGGGAAAGUUUGCCAGCAAAUUUAUGCAAUAAUAAUAUUGCAAUGAACACUGCUAGUACUGCCUUGACACCCAGUAUAUUUGGCAACAAUAAUCUCUGCAACCGAAGAUGGAGGGAAAUUUCUAUCCCGCAUUCAAGUCCACCGCCGGGGAAUGGUGUUCGGUUAUUUGUUACAAAGGCCACUUCUCCUUCUUCAUCUGCCCCAGAAACUGACAAGAAGAAGAAGGGUCAGCUAAAAAGAAAGAACAAAAAUAAGGAAAAAGAUGAUGAGAAACAAGACGAGGAUAAAAUACAAGCUUCGAUACAGCAGCAGCAGCAGACAGAUUUAUCGUCUUCUACUUCUUCAGUUUCAGCAAUAAAGAGUACACUGGAUGAUGUGAAUCCGGUAGGGUUGGGGCGGCGAUCUAGGCAAAUAUUUGACGAGGUGUGGCGGAAGUUUUCUGGGUUGGGCCAGAUUUCAAGAACCACGCGCACAGAAGAUGAUGAGAGCGGCCUUCUCAUGCGGGAGGGUGGCCCCAUGUGUGAAUUUGCCAUUCCCGGCGCCCAAAACACAACCGUGCUUGUUGUCGGCGCCACCAGCCGCGUUGGCCGCAUUGUUGUUCGCAAGCUCAUGCUGAGGGGUUAUACUGUCAAGGCUUUAGUAAGAAAAGCAGACCAAGAAGUGGUGGAUAUGCUCCCAACAUCUGUGGAUAUAGUGACAGGGGAUGUUGGUGAAUCCUCCACUCUCAAAGCUGCUAUAGAAGGCUGCAACAAGAUUAUCUAUUGCGCAACUGCUCGUUCAUCGAUCACUGGGGAUCUCAACAGAGUUGAUCAUCUGGGAGUUUACAAUCUCACCAAAGCGUUUCAGGACUACAACAACGAACUAGCACAACUACGAGCAGGCAAAAGCAGCAAAAGCAAGCUUUUGAUUGCCAAAUUCAAGUCUGCUGAUUCAUUGAAUGGAUGGGAAGUCCGUCAAGGAACAUAUUUUCAGGAUGUAGUUGUUGCCAAGUAUGAUGGAGGAAUGGAUGCCAAAUUUGAGUUCACCGAGGACGGGGAUGCAGUUUUCUCUGGAUAUGUUUUCACAAGAGGAGGCUAUGUUGAACUCUCAAAAAAGCUUUCACUCCCUCUGGGAUCCACUCUUGACAGGUACGAGGGUCUUGUGUUCUCUGUUGGUGGAAAUGGAAGAUCUUACGUUGUAAUUCUUGAAACUGGUCCUUCAGCAGACACAUCACAGAGCACAAUGUACUUCGCCAGGAUUAGCACAAAAAUUGGUUUUUGCAGGGUGAGAGUGCCAUUUUCGUCCUUUAGACCAGUGAAACCAGAUGAUCCGCCAUUAGAUCCAUUCCUUGUACAUACCUUGACUAUACGCUUUGAGCCAAGACGACAGAAACCCAUUGAAGGUCCUACUGGACCAAAGCAAGAUUUAAGAAGCUUUCAAUUGAUUUUGGAAUAUGUCAAAGCUUUACCAACUGGGCAAGAAACGGAUUUUAUUCUAGUUUCAUGUACAGGAUCAGGAAUAGAGCCUUCUAGAAGGGAGCAGGUUCUGAAAGCAAAGAAGGCCGGAGAAGAUUCAUUGAGAAGAUCAGGCCUUGGGUACACCAUCAUUCGACCUGGUCCCCUUGUGGAAGAACCUGGUGGGCAACGUGCUCUAAUUUUCGACCAAGGAAAUAGAAUAUCUCAGGGGAUAAGCUGUGCAGAUGUGGCUGAUAUCUGUGUGAAAGCAUUGCAUGAUUCAACUGCAAGAAAUAAAAGCUUUGAUGUAUGUUACGAAUACGUUGCCGAACCUGGGAAGGAGCUUUACGAGCUGGUUGCACAUUUACCAGACAAAGCAAAUAACUACUUAACUCCGGCUCUCUCUGUUCUUGAGAAGAACACUUGAUAAAAUUCUGCUGUUAAAAGUAUAUAUUUUUUCUUAUGUUUCUUUGUUCUUCAAAAGAAGGUAUACGUUGUCAAAUUGGUGAAGCAAUUUGUCAAGAACUUUGAGAAAUCUUUCAUUGUGCAAAUUGCCUGAGCAAUGAGUACAUUCUCUGCAGAGUUAUAUUUACGUAUAUAUAUAAAUCAGCUUUGUAUAUUUUUGGAUAUGAAACUGAAAAUAUGAAAUUCCUUCAUUGCACUGGUUGAGAA